CUCCACUACUUCUUUCUUCAUAACUUCACACCAUUAACCAAGAAACCUCUCUCUUAAAUUCUUGGUUUUCAAGUGUUUGGAGUGAUCUUUGUGUUAUUUCUUCAUCUGGGCUGCUCUUCAUUCUUGAAGAAAGACUUGUGUUGUUGGAAAUGACUGGUGUUUUGCACUCAGCUUUUGGGAUUUUUGGGGAUUUGACUGGCUUGUUCCUCUUCUUGGCCCCAGUAAUCACAUUCAAGAGGAUCCUACUAAACAAAUCUACUGAGCAAUUUUCAGGCAUACCAUAUGUCAUGACCCUCCUCAAUUGCCUGCUUUCUGCUUGGUAUGGACUGCCUUUUGUGUCACCGAACAACAUACUAGUUUCGGUGGUAAAUGGAACUGGUGCAGUGAUUGAAGCAGUUUAUGUUCUGAUAUUUCUCAUCUUUGCUCCUAAGAAAGAGAAGAUGAAGAUCUUCGGAAUUCUCAUGGUCAUCCUCACUAUUUUCGGAACUGUUGCCUUUGUGUCCAUGUUCGCGCUUCAUCAUAACAAGCGCAAGGUUUUCUGUGGUUUUGCUGCUGCAAUUUUCUCUGUUAUAAUGUAUGGUUCCCCUCUUUCUGUUAUGAGGAUGGUGAUGAAAACACAAAGCGUCGAGUACAUGCCUUUCUUCUUGUCGUUCUGCAGUUUCCUUUGUGGAACGUCAUGGUUUAUUUAUGGCCUCUUAGGAAAAGACCCCUUUGUAGCUGUUCCAAAUGGUUUCGGAUGUGGGCUGGGGAUACUACAGCUGAUUCUGUAUGCAACUUACUGCGGAAACAAAGGCCAGACCAAGAAAACUGCUGAUGGAUCAUCUCUGGAGCUGGGGCAGGCCAACGGAGACACCCCGGAUAAGCCAAACCUCAAGUAGGCGAAACAUCAAUGUCGAACAAUCUGCACUACAAUCUCUAGCUUCUAGCUGCUUGUCAAUUGUAAUAUACUCAAGCUAAGCUCUCAAGUUGAGCUCUUGUGUUAUUUCAUUUCCUAGUUGGCUAUUUAGCUGGCUUUUGUACUAGUAUUGUUUUAAUUGUAUUUCUCAGUUUGGUUAAAAAUGUAUGACAUUUUCUAA